AUGCGGCAAGUGGAACACACCUUUUCGAACAGUCCGCACUCCCAAAGGGAGCGCAUCUUUCACCCAGUAGGAUUCGUUGAAACCAGGGGCGACGGCGGGCGCUCCAUGGGGUACGCGGGCGCCAGCAAAAUGUUGCGGAUGCGGGGUGAGCACCUCUGGCACAGUUGGGAGCUACGCUGCGCGCGUUCCGAGUUGAAAGCUUUGCAGGUGGAAUGGUUGGCCAAGCGCCCUGAGGAUGGAAGUGAGAGGUUUCCAAGCGUGCGGGCUGUUCCAGAAGGUUUGCCCCCGGAUCCGGUCGAGCAGCACUCUGCGGAGAGGCCAGAGAUUCCUGCCCAGGCCUCCAGUAGCUCUGGCGAUCCGUUGGCCGCCUUGGCCGCGGUGUGGUCUGGAACACAAGAGGAUGUGAGCCAGGCCCCGGCCCCAGAAGCGCGAGAAGCGCAGGCCACAUGCCAUCCAUCUGCGCUCCCUGAAGAUUCAGUUCCAGAGAGUCGUCGAGAGGCAACUGGACCAUCUGUCCCUGAGGCUGAUGCUGUCGAUGGUCCCGAGGCGCAACGCGAGGAUUCAGUGGACUCUCCUGUUGGUGUUCUUCCAGCAGACGUUCUAUCUGGCUCCCCAGUUUCGGAAGUAGACCACCGUCCAGAAGAGAAUGCCUUUGAUGGCUCGGGCCCUGAUGUUCCUGGAGUUCAGUCUGCCUCCGUCAUGUCUGAAGUGCAGGCGCAGGUGGGUGAUGCCGCAGAUGCUCCUGCUGAAUCAGACGUGGGUCAUCUAGAGGCGGCUGCGCCGGCUGCGGAGCCGCUGGGGCCGGCAGAGCUUGACCCAUCAGAGGCUGGCUCGAACUCUGCCUGGGUCUCCACUGCUGCACCCAAUCCGUUGGCAUCCUCUGAGGGAGAUCCGGAGGAGGAUGGGGACCCAGGGCCCGGUGGGGUUUCGCUGGACCUGGUUGGGGAUCACCCACCCUAA